UUACCCAAUCCCUGCAGGGCACACUACUGGGUAUGAAGGGCUGAGCCUUUAAGCUGCAGUUGGAGUGGGAGGAGAGAGAGCUGAAUAAGCAGUGAGUGUGCUAAAAGCAAAGUAAGACAAUUGGGGACACAUUGUUAUGAGCUAGUUAGUUAAGGGGAAAGACGUGGUGCGUGCAGCUGUAAGGUUUUCGUGGGUCGUUGUUAGAACGAGUGCAGCCCGAGCUUCUGGUGGUCUGGAGAACUGUCUGUCACGGGCUGAAAGCAGAUGACCUUCGGAAAGCCGGAGCGUUCGCAAGGACUUAGUUGCAUGAUCGUGGAAAGGGCGUUUAUUUAAUGUUUCCUAGAUUUUGUGAUAUUAUAAAGGAUUCAGACUUUCUCAUCCCUAGAGGCAAGCAAGAGAACAUUUUGUUAUCAUCGCUUGGUAGCUGGAGACUUAAUUUUUGUGCCUGGAGGGGGUGCUGGUUGCUCUCUUAACGAGAAAGCCUCUGGGAAAGGAAACAAAAAAUAGAUAUAGGAUUCCAAAACAGACUAGUCGCUCAUGUGACAGACCUUUUACUUGUAGACUUGCAGCUUACUUGCCUUAUCUUUCAGGGCAAAAGAUCAGUGGAAGACAUCACAGUCCUUAGGUCCUUUCUCACGGUCAUCGGUCAUAACUGCAAAUCCCCCUGAAAUAUUACUUGCUCUAUAGCUCGGAGUGGGAAUACCUUGUUUUCCAGAGGUGUGCUGCCUUUACAUUUACAGGACUGGUCCACUUUGGAAUUGGUGACAAACUAGACACAGGCGUUACUUGCACACUACAAGGAACAUGGAGUCCCCUACAUACUGCUACACCCUUGCUUUCAUUUUUAGCCUUGCAGCCAUCUCGCCAUCCAUCUCGAUGCCUGUUGGGGCAGUGACUCCAGAAGAUGCUUUUGAGGACUGGAUGGAAGAUUUGCCAGGGCAUUACUUGUUGGAUCCCGGUGAUGGGCUGAAGCUGGUGUGCGACACAAAUCAAAGUGUGACUAUCAACUGGUACAAAGAGGCAGAGCCACUGACAACUGGAGGCCAUGUUCAGAUCCAGCAUAACACUUUGGAAAUUUCCAUUGUGAACAUUGAAGAUUCUGGCCUAUAUCUCUGUGUGGUACAUGGUACUGGCAAAAUCCUACGGAACUUUACAGUCAUCGUUGCUGAUUAUUUGGCAUCUGGUGACGAUGAUGAAGAUAAUGGGACAGACGACACAGCCAGAGACUCUGCAGAGGAUUCUACUUAUUUCAAGAAUGAACGGCCCCUCUACAAGCCAGGUCUCAAACCUGGGCUACCUGCCAACACAACAGCUGUGCUGGGUGGAGAUGUUGAGUUUUACUGCAAAGUGUACACUGAUGUGCCAGCUCGGAUCCAGUGGCUAAAACGCAUUGAGGUCAACAGCAAUCGGUCAGGAGCCGAAAGACACCCCCGCAUCAAGGUCUUCAAGGCAGUAGAUAUAAACAGCUCCAGACUGGAAGUGCUACACAUUAGCAAUAUCUCAUUUAAAGAUGCUGGUAAAUACACGUGCAUUGUGGGUAACGCGAAUGGCUUCUCCUACCAGUCUGCCUGGCUUAGAGUCAUUUCAGACUCCCUGACCAGAGGGACUGAUGAUGAAGACAGUGGCAGGGAGGAAACUACUGGAGAAUCUUUAGAUGAUCCCCUUUAUUUCAAGAAAGCUCCAUAUUGGACUCACCCCCAGAGAAUGGAGAAAAAUCUUUAUGCAGUACCAGCAGGAAACACUGUGAAGUUCCGCUGUCCAGCUAGUGGCCAUCCCCUUCCUUCUAUCUAUUGGCUAAAAAAUGGUCGGGAGUUUCGUGGUGAGCACCGCAUUGGUGGAAUCAAGCUAAGGCACCAGCAUUGGAGCCUCGUCAUGGAAAGUGUGGUUCCUUCUGACCGGGGCAAUUAUACUUGUGUGGUAGAAAAUGAGCAUGGCACUAUUACUCACAGUUACCUCCUAGAUGUUCUCGAACGGUCUCCACACAGGCCAAUCUUGCAGGCUGGCUUACCUUCGAACACAACUGCCUUGAUUGGUACAGAUGUGGAGUUCUACUGCAAAGUGUACAGUGAUGCUCAACCCCAUAUUCAGUGGCUUAAGCACAUUGAGGUGAAUGGUAGCAGGUACGGACCUGAAGGGGAGCCAUAUGUCCAGGUAUUGAAGACUGCAGAUAUCAACAGCUCUGAGCUGGAAGUGCUUUACCUUCGAAAUGUUUCGUAUGAAGAUGCAGGAGAGUACACCUGCCUAGCUGGUAACUCCAUUGGCAUCUCUUACCAAUCAGCUUGGCUUACAGUCCUUUCAGAGGAAGAUUUGGUAGAAGAAACCCAGUCAUCUGAGAUUAAGUACACAGAUAUUGUUAUCUACGCUUCUGGUUCUUUGGCAUUUGUCAUGAUGAUUGCUAUUGGAAUCCUGUGCAGGCUGCAGUCCAGGGCACGCUACAACAAAGAACGAUUAGACAGUCUACCAGUUCAAAAGGUUUCCAGAUUUCCUCUCAGAAGACAGGUUUCUUUGGAGUCCAAUUCCUCUGGGAAAUCCAGUGCUUCCCUAGUCAGGGUGGCUCGACUUUCUUCCAGCUGUACCCCGACAUUGGCAGGAGUCAUGGAAUUUGAACUACCAUUGGACCCAAAAUGGGAGUUUCCCAGGGACAGGCUUGUUUUGGGAAAACCACUUGGCGAAGGUUGUUUUGGCCAAGUAGUCAGAGCCGAAGCUUAUGGCAUCGACAAGGAGAGACUUGAUGGCGGUACAACAGUAGCAGUGAAAAUGUUGAAAGAUAAUGCUACAGACAAGGACUUGUCAGACCUUAUCUCAGAAAUGGAACUGAUGAAAGUGAUGGACAAGCAAAAAAACAUAAUUAAUCUGUUGGGGGUGUGCACACAGGAUGGUCCCUUGUAUGUGAUUGUGGAGUAUGCAGCAAAGGGGAAUCUACGCGAGUUUCUUCGGGCACGACGUCCUCCUAGCAUGGAUUACACAUUUGAUGUCACUAAAGUACCAGAAGAGCAGCUAACCUUUAAAGAUCUAGUGUCCUGUGCUUAUCAGGUUGCACGGGGCAUGAACUAUCUGGCUUCUAAACGGUGUAUCCAUCGAGAUUUGGCAGCCAGAAAUGUGCUAGUAACAGCAGAUAAUGUGAUGAAAAUUGCUGAUUUCGGUCUGGCCCGUGGUGUGAACAACAUUGACUACUACAAGAAAACAACCAAUGGACGCCUGCCUGUGAAGUGGAUGGCACCAGAGGCCUUGUUUGACAGAAUCUAUACCCACCAGAGUGAUGUGUGGUCUUUUGGUGUCUUGAUGUGGGAGAUCUUUACCCUUGGUGGAUCGCCAUAUCCAGGUAUCCCAGUGGAGGAGCUGUUUAAACUGCUGAAGGAAGGUCACCGUAUGGACAAGCCUUCAAACUGCACACACGAGCUGUAUGUUGUGAUGCGGGAGUGCUGGCAUGGUGUACCAUCUCAGAGGCCCACCUUCAAGCAAUUAGUAGAGCAGCUUGACAGGGUGUUGGCAGCAAUUUCGGAGGAGUACUUGGAUCUGUCCACACCUUUUGAGCAGUACUCGCCUUCCUGUGAAGAUACAACCAGCACAUGUUCAUCUGAUGAUUCUGUUUUUACACAUGAACCACUGCUGCCUGACCCUUGUCUUUAUGAUGGACACAAAAUUGAAUCAAGAGUAAUGACAUGAGUGGCAAUCCAAAUGGCCAGCUGAAUUUGACACUUUGGUGCUUUUGAUACUGUGCCAUGACUGCUAGAACCAUGGAAUGGAGGGAACUUGCAGAAUGCUGAAAUUUCCCUUCUGUACCUUCGCACUAUGAACUUGCCUUAAUGUUACACACAGUGUUCUACCGGGUGUUUUUGCGUGACUUUUCCCCACUUUUCAGCAGGACUCCUCCCAUUGCUGUCUGGUGUGACCAUUUUAAUGACUGGGUCAUGUGGAAAUGCAAAAGAAAUAUUUUAUGCUUUUAGGAAGAACAUCUUGAGAGUGGGCCUUCAGCCAUUUUUAGUCAAGACUUUGGUGAAGAUCCUUCCAUUUUUGGCAUGUCUGUGGCUGAAAGAAAACUAAAGAAGUGGACCCAGAAGAAACAUUUUGAUGUCAAAACAGUUUACGAAGUUCUUAAUUGGAGUGAAGCAUCUGAACAGUGUGCUUUGGGAGAGGGGGGCUUAUAAAGUCUUUUUUUU